ACGUACACGCACACAUUUCAGUCGAAAAUGGUGGACCUACGCAAGAGUUUUGUUGCGAGACGAACUCCUCGCAAUUGUCGUUUGCAGUGUCGUGAUUGUCGGUGAAUCAAAGAAUUAACAAUCCAACGUUGUUUAAUUCAAGUAUCUUCUUUUCUCCCUUACGUAGAUAAGUAAAAAAUUUGAUGUCAAAAUCUAAAUUCGCUGUGAGUGUCCUUUAAUCACCAUUGCGCGCGUUCCAUGUGCACAUAUUUUGAUCUCUCGUUUUUUUAAUGGAAAAUAAUUGAAUCGUAAAUACCAUGGCGGAUUCAUUACACAAGGAUGCAUACGAAACCUCUAACGUGUCUAUGCGUGCUAGCAGUGGUAAUAUAGGAUCAGACAAUGACAUGAAGAUGGAACCGUCCAGUCCUACAGAGAAGUACGCCUUUACUCGUUGCAACAGCACGGGAUCAAUUAACACACCAUCUUCAUCCGCUCACAAUACAGAGGAUGAGGAUAGCGACAACAAAAACUCUACUAUAAGUUACAAGGAACGUAGGAGAGAGGCUCAUACGCAGGCCGAGCAAAAGAGGCGGGACGCUAUCAAGAAGGGUUACGACUCUCUUCAGGACCUGGUCCCAACCUGCCAGCACACGGAUUCGUCGGGUUACAAGAUCUCCAAGGCUACGGUGCUUCAGAAAUCCAUCGAUUACAUACAGUUUUUGUUGCAACAGAAGAAGAAGCAAGAGGAAGAGCGGAACGCACUGAGGAAGGAGGUCGUCGCGCUGCGCAUUAUGCAGGCUAACUACGAACAGAUUGUCAAGGCGCAUCAAACCCAACCAGGACACGCGGAGAUGCGUGUUUCCGAUGAAAUGAAGUUUCAAGUGUUUCAGGCAAUAAUGGAUCGGCUCUUUCAAACAUUUAACAACGUUUCCGUGGCCAACUUCGCAGAACUAUCUGGUUGCGUGUUUAGCUGGUUGGAAGAGCAUUGUAAACCUCAGACUCUGCGCGAAGUAGUGCUGUCCGUACUGCAACAACUCAACAGUCAGAUCAGUUAGUCGAAUGCGUUCUUAAGAAAGAUUAUCCAAUGCCCAUGAAGAAGGAAGAAGAAAAGGUUAUUAGAUUGAUAUAUUAUAUUUCGGAGAGAAGAUAUGUAGCAUGCUAACAUCCAGAAAUGGUAUUAAGAUGUUGAAACGAAGCACGUAUAUUUUUGAUCUUGCUACAAUGGAAUUCUGCUAAUUCGCAAUAAGCGAGAUUAAAAUAGGUUCGAGUUAUCGGCGUCUCCGAUUAAUUUGGUCGAAAAUGAGGGACACCUGAUUCUCUUAGUGUUUUUUUUUUAUUAAUCCAAUGUGGAGCCGUUUAAUUAAUUAACCACUUAUGCGUCGCUUCGCGUGUGCAUUUGGUUACUGUUGUGGUCUCUUGAUAAACUUUUUGUAUGAGCGAAUAAUUUUUUGUAAUCCUGUAUAACGUAAACUCGAACAAGGUCUUCUUCUACUCUUCUUCAGAGUACAAUUUCUCUGAAGCGUACUCCAGUCUGAUCUUUUUAGAAAUGUAUCAUGUAUCAAUUAUCGAAGUAUCGAUUCCCCUUUUGCGUUUAAUACGCAAAUGCACAUGAAGAGAAAAUUUUAUUUUAUUUUUAUUAUUUUAGAGAAAUUAUUUUGUUGGUACAUCUAUAUUGUCUAUUCUACUUUGUUUAUACUAUUUCUAUAAAUUGUUAUACGCGGGAUUCAAGUGAUAGGAUAUAGGUUUAUCGGACCGUGUGAAUUGGAGGUUUAUCACAGUUCUGAGAUUCUGCGUGAAGAAAUUUUUCAAUGAACAUUUAGACCAGUAUAAAGUUACCAGAAGAGAUGCUUACAUACGGGUGUAUAACGAAUACAUGUGGGAUUGUAAAGAAAAGUUUAUUUUCUGUACAGCUGGAUGUAGAUAUACGGGAUACGACAUAGGGGGGUCAUCUGCGAUCGUAUAUUAAUGUCGAAUAUUUUUACCAGAUCUUUUAUUGCAUACUCGCGAUAGAUAACAUGCAGUCUAUAUGUAUAUACAUAUAUGUGCGUAUCUACUUAUGUACAUAAUAGAUUUACAAUGAACUAACGAGUGAACUAUGCGCGACUAUGUCUUUCCAUGUAUAUUUAAUACUGUUAUCUAUACUGUGAUUAAUAUCCCUUCUGAAAGCA